UGGAUUAUGACACUAAAUAUUUAGGGAUAGUGCCGAGAUAUGGGGGCAAGAUAGAUUAUAAAUACCAACCAUGACUUCGAUAAAGCACAUUAACAUUUACAGUCGUAACUUGUGUUCCAACAAUGGGUGCAACUAGGGGCUUUCUAAUCGCAGCAAUGCUCGCCAUAUCAGUAGCCGGAUUUCCAUCGUUUGCCGAAGCUCGAUUGCUGUCACCGGUGCCGGCUCCUUCAAGUAAUGGUCCAUCGUUUUCAAUCGAUGAAGAGAGCAAAUCGAUCAAGCAAGAACACACCGAAGUGGAAGAAGAGAAAAUAAUGGGUGUCAUAGUACCACUAUUAUUUUGGGGAGCAGCACAACAAAGUCAAACUGAUGUUUUGGAAUCAUCUGCACCAUUGAUACAAGCUUCGUCUUUCUCAUGGAAAAGAGUUUUGGUUUUAGGUUUGGUUUUGUUUUAUGGGUUUUAGGAGAUUUACGAAUUGAUUGAUUUUUUUACUUCAAUUUUAUAAGAACUUUCCACGAAUUUCUGAAAGUUGUUUUGUUGAUUGUUACUUUGUUGGUGUAAUCGAAAUUUCUAAAGGGUUUUAUAGUUUAAUGUUAGGCUUAAUUAUAUAUUGAGCAAAACUUGCAUGGACAUUGUAAAAGCAAUAUUGUUAUUACUAGGUUAUGUGUGGAA